CGACUUAAGAGUUUACUUUGUUUGGGUGACUUGCAGUGUACUGUAAUACAUUUUUUCCAAGCGAUUACAGACCAGGCUGGUUUGUCCGUGUAGAUCAGACUAGUUUAUAAGGAACGAAAAGCAUUUUAAUUCAUACAAUAAUAUCUUUUAGCACUAAUUACAUUAAUUUUGCUGUUUGUUUGUUGCUUUAAAACAAUUUGUGAACAGCAGCUGGUCACGAUUUUAUUUCUAAAAGUAUCUGACGCCUUCAUUCCUUCUCCUCCCGUCUUUGUCCUUCUCCUCAUGAUCUCUGAGUAUACCCUCGGUGGCUUGUUGGUGGUUGGUGCAAUGAUGAGGAAUGUUGUUGUUGUGACUUAGAGGGAUUCAUGGUGGCUCAGACAGUAGCACACACACCCAAGUAUGUGCACACAUGUGAGCAGUCGCAGCAAAGACAGAUGUGUGGCAGAUUACUUAGUAGAGACUUUGGAAAAAUCUCCACAAUAGGUGCACUGCAGGUAGACUGUCAAUUUCUGUCUGGCUAAAGAACGUGUCACUGUGAUUAUGGCAGAUAAGGAAGUCGUAAGAUCACGUUGCUCUCUCGGCGUCGAGUCGCAUACGUGCAUACAUUCAGGUGCAAAUUACUCUGCAUUUAUAUGUGCUUCCUAUCAUUUAGAAUCUGCCCUACAGAAAGGAUGUGCCUGGCUGAAUGUGCGCUGACAGGUUAAGCCUUUAUUACACGAGGGCUUCUCUGUAUGCUUCUGGUGAUACAACCACAUUUCAUCCUCUCUGAGGAAGUUUGACACAGUUUUGCCCGAGCAUGACACACUUUAAGCUAAGCUAAAAAUAAGAAAUGCCCUUAGCAAAGUAAUACACCAGUAAUAAAUGAGGUUUUAACCUGACUUGAUACAUGUUUCUUCCUGUUCUUAUUUUCAGGCUUCUGUUUUAGACAUCACACGAUAGCAGCAGUGCCUAUUUUAUCAGAGCUACACAGCAGCGCUAGUAUGUGGGAUGACUGAUGUGUCAAAGCUGCUGUUUGUGCUGCCAGUAAUAAGGGUCUAGAUAUUUCAUUAUUGUUCUGUCCGGAGGUACACAUGUCAACACAAGCUUCUACUUGUUUCUCUUGACAGCCAUGACUUCUUAGGCCUCUUCAUCUCCGACAGCGUGUCAGAUGGCUGUAACAUUUAUAACGCUGCCGUCCCACUAGUCUGAUUCUCUCGCUCGGGCUUUUUCUAGCAACCUUUGCCUCAGUCUAGCAGAGAAGGGGCCCCGGUAAUAUUCGGUCAAUGCAAGCAUGAGACAUUGCAUGACGUGGUCACUGGUGAUUAGGGCAGAAGAUAAAAUUGGUGACUGGUAAUGUGUCUUUGCAUAAAAUACACAGAUAACGCAGCCAAAUAUAGGUGCUUAGCGUGGGAUUAGUAGUGGAACACAUGAUUAGAUGCCUUAGUGUUUGUCCAGGAAUGAAAAUUUUGUUCUGCAAAUAUUUAAAUGAAAAAUAUAGCAGACAGUUGCAGAGUUGUGACCUUAAAAGGAAAUAAUGAGGAGAGAAAUUUCAGACUGACAGUUUGUGCUACUUUUCAGGGGAAAAAAAGAUUUAGCAAUAUUGCUGUGGUCUUAUUGGGCAAAAUCACACAGUCACGGCAACACUUCCUGAUCAUCGGCUGAAACAAAUUAAAGUAUGCAUUUUUUUGUUGUAGGUGUAAUGCACCUAGGUUAAGCAGUGCUUCUGUAUAAUUUGGGGAUUCAGUAACUUCUUAAAUAGGGUCUUAUUAAGUAGUGAGUAAGGGUAUAAGUUCAAAAUAUCCUGGAUUUUACACUUUCUGAACACCCAGAGGAAUCAACACUGCAGUUCUAAAGGAUAUUUUUCCAUAUACCCACCCAGAAUCUUCCACGAUUGCUCAGUCAGAUUGAGAUCCGGUGACUGCAAAGGUCAGAGCAUAUGAUUCUCUUGUUUUGAAACUUGUGAAUUGUUCACUUGUUAUCUUACUUUACUUUUGGCUAUUUGCAAUCGUCUUAGUGCGUUUCAGUAGAAAUUAGCCCCUGUCUCUCUGUGUACUGACACAGACGACAUAAACGCGAGCCAGCGAGCCACUCUAUAAACCAUAAGGCCCGCCAUUAUCCUCACUGUCUGUUGAUUUCACAACAUCCUUACACACACAUGUGCGCACAAAGAUGCAGUGUUGCCCACAAUCAGAUAUUCACCACAGUUUAAGAAUGCCCAGUGUCGAGUCGGAUAGAGGUUUGUGUGUUUACACAGGUUCUCGCUUAUGUAUGUUGUCAGCGUGUGUGUGUGUUUAGCGCUGUCCAUGUGUGCCACACAAGAGCUCUCAUUGUCUCCAGAGGUUUGCUCCUCUAGAGAAUCAAUAGGCAUUGUUAGUUUUGCGUUUCUAGCCAAAGAGUUACUUUCAGGAAACCUUAAUCAAAUACAUAACUUGAUGCGACUAAUAAAUAAGACAAGUUAAUGACUUUAUGAUGCGGACGAGCAUGCCAAUGAAGUUGAUAAGAGUAACAGAUGUGGCACAGCUCAAAACAGCAAUGUUAUAUUUGCACAGCUCUCUGUCCAUGUGAUCUGUACUCACAUUAAACCAAACUAAUAAAUGAAGUGUAAGUAAAUAGUGUGUCCUGUAUACACUUGCACGAAUCUUUUUGGAUACCUUACUGAAUGCAGUCUCUCAACCAACUGAGAUCUGAGCAGCAUCAUUUAGCCUCUACAUUUGUGCAUCAAUGCAGAAAAGAUAAAGAAAGUAUCAAUAUGUGUCCAGAUAUGCACCGGUGUGUAAGCAUGUGUAAAGGUCAACGAGGGCAGUAUUGGCAUGCUAGCUUCUGAGCAGCAAGUCCAGAGGUGUUGUGUUUCGUACAGCGUGACGACCUGUAUCAGCACACUGUCACCCUGACACCACCUCUGGCAAAAUGCGGAAACCACUCCCUGCGCUGAACAGCAGCGAACCAAAAGGGAUGACUGCGUCUUUCUCCGCUGUCACAGUCGAAAAUAGAAGCUCCGCCUCGAAGCUGUGGUUUGCUAAUUAGGUAGCCAUACCAGAUGGUGCAAUAUAACCAGUAGCAUACGUGCAUUUUCUUGAGAUUAAUCUCUGUUAAUACUGCGCUAGUUAUUCCAUUUUAUGCGUCUAUGCAAUAAAGAGCCUUAAGUAUUUCGUGGCCAUGAAGUCAAGCCACGUUUAUCUAAACUAAUAAUGUGUCGCUCAUUUUUUCAGGAAGUCUUAUCAUAACUGUGAGCCACACCUUAUUUCUUGUUUUCUCGGCCCUGCUGAGUUUUCCAGUUGCAAUAAGGACUCCAAAAUCCCAAAACCAGCUGCCAGAUUAGCAUGUGUCUUUGGUAGAUUCCACUUUUCAGUCAGCUGAGGCAUGUUUUCAUGCACGACUGCCAUUCAGCACCAUUCACCAUGCACGUCAGUGUCAGGUUUUAUGAUUUGUAGGGGCUUUCGGCAUAGGGUGAAUAUUGACAGUUUGUUCUGUUUUUUCAUAGCGAGAACAGAUUUGUUUCAUGGCUCAAAAGGAAGAGAAAGUAAAAGAUGUGGAGGCUUGAUUUUCAAAACUGUUUAUGCCAUAAAAGUGUAUGCUGUUGUCACAGGACCGAUUCUUCUUCCGCUUCCUCUUCUUGCCGGCCCAAAGUCUUACUACCACGUGUCCUAAAAGAGCAAUAGGAAGAAUGUCUUGCUUGCGCUCUCUCGCUGUCUCCCCUUCCACCACUCUGAUCGACCUUGCACCAGCUUACAAGACCUUGGAGUCUAAGGGACGGCUGCCGAGGAUGCUGAACGAGAACAUAGGCCAGAUAAUCACACCGAGGGCACGAAGGCAGAGACGUGGGUGGAGUUGAGGUGGCCGAAACAAUAGGAAGGAAAUCACAGAUCCACCUGUUCAAAUUAUAUUACUGUUAGAAAUUUUGUGGAAAGAGCAGAGAAGAAGAUAAUGUUAAACACUCGCUGAUUUGAAAUGGAUACUCGAAGAGCACUGACAGUUAAAGUGGAAUUAGAUAGAGGGAGUGGCACACCAACAGAAAAAAACUGUAGAGAUGAGGAAAUCAAUAAGGGAAGGAGGCCCUUGUCCAGACAUGAUGGAUCAUAAUGAGGAUUCAUUAUAACUCUGGCUCGUCUUACACCAUAUGACAUUGUUUCUCCCUCACAGCUGUGUUCUCAUCUGACCAAAACCACAGAAACUGAUUAGGCAAGCCGACAGACUCAGGGGGCUGUCAGCUUUUAAUGCAUCAAGUCGUCACACCCUCGCAUUUGAUUGAAGACAGUUCCAGGUGCCUUUAGUUAAAAAAAAAAAAAAAAGAAUUAGAUGUCUCUGUUCCACCUCAUUAGUGUCCAGACAACAUGGUUCAGUUGAACCCCACAAAGUGUACUUGGUAGUAAAAGUGUGUCACUAAAUGCCUCAUCAGACUCAAUUGUAAUAGGUACAUGUAAGAUCAACAUUUAGUGAUAAUAACAGACCAUUCAUGAACACACAUAAAGAUUACUCUCGACUGACUUGACAUUUAUGUAGCAGUGUGCGCAAGUUGAUGAAUGACUUCACGUGAAUGUGAGUUCAUGGGAACAGAAAUGUGGCCCGAGUCACACAAACAAAAGUAUGACAUGCAGCAUGCUGGAAGAGUUGCACUCUGACGAAGAUAUUCAAUCUAAGUUCUGUUACUCAAAAAUGUUUUUUGGCAUAAAAGAGUUUUUAAACCGGCAGGAAAACUAUUGCUUCUUGUGCAACAUUUGCUAAGAUAAGAGAGGUGUGCAGAUCGAUCCAAAUAUCGUUAGUAUUCAUACCAACGCUGGUGUUGGUAUCAGAGUGAUACUUUGUUUCUAACCUCUCAAUAUGUAGCCCACUGAAUUGUGUCACAUCACAUUUAAACAACAGAAGUUGAUCCAAAGUGCUUCAGAUACAGGCACAUUUACAUUCCAGGUCUAAAGAAAAAUAGUUUUAAAAUAGAUGAAAAAGCUGAAAAGUGUGCUUUGUUGUAUCAACUAAUUACUGUGGAAAGUAAAAAAUCAUAACGAUUUAGGGGUCAUUAAAAUAUGCUGAAAUUAUUAAAAUAUGAAUAGAUGAUGAUUCAGCUCAUAAAUCACGACACACUGCUUUCCACUACAUAAACUCCCGCUGUAGGUUAUCGUUACUGGUAUCGGCAAUACUGGCCGUGUAUAUGUAUUCCUUUGGUAUCGGAUCGAUCCAAAAACUGACACAGCACUAGUUAUAGUGAAGAGACAGAUGUUUUAUGUUUGUGUUUCAUUGUAAAGUUAAUUAAUUUUGAUCUCCAUAUAGCACGUGAUAUGAAAGAUAAUUGUCUGGGUAUGUGUGUAGUCGUCGAGUAUGGUCGUUGCAGGAUUUGCGUUCCGAAUACACGCCAAAGGUCAUUUCUAAUGCUACAUUGCUACAUUUGCUAUCAUAAGGGUCAUCCAAGGUGAAACUGAAAUGUUUUGUCAUUCUCUCUCUCUCUCUCUCUCUUUCUCUAAAUACACUGUUUAUCCAUGUUGCUGGCUCAUCAUGGGCUGCGCUGCGCUGCUGCAGGGCUCUGAUAUAGUGUGUUGCAGUGUUGUAAAGUUAGCAGUGGUUGGUUGGUGGCAUUGCUGAGGGUGCACAUGCUUUUCUGGGGAAAGCGAUUUCACUACACAGGGUGUGGUGACUUACUCUGGCUUAGCGAUAAGGGCAGGAUGGGCCCCUGGGAUCCCAAUCAUGCAGAUUCCCCCAACAGACCCCAUACAAUGGAUUCACCAAAAAUAGAAACCACUGGCAGCAAUGCAAAAUUUAAACAAACAAUCAAAACAAACGCAAAGCAAAAAACGACUCAUUUAAAUGUAUAAACUCAUUUAAAAGUGAUAAAUGGGAAAAUUCUGACAGUGAAAUAAUAACCAGGCUGUUUCGUUCAAUCGUGUUCUGCACAAUUACUGCGUGCGAGCUUGCAUUUGUGCGAGACCUUUGCAAUAUGCAUUGCCUUACUGCAACGGUGGUAUUUCCUAUUUAAAAAUAAAACGACAUUAUCUCUGGAGUCCAUGAAUUUUAUUGUUUUGAUAAGGAAACAGGUUAUCUUGUGAGGCAGAAACAGUUCAGCCUGUGUGUCUUUCAACAGCAAGCGGGCAGGUCAGCCUCCUGUUCGCUCCUCCCCCUUGCUCUCACCUGGCGCUCGGCCCAGAAUGUUGCUGCAACUCCGCAAGCUCUCAUUGGCCACCGCUCUCACAAGGCUUCGCAAGAAAGGAAAUGACUAAACUCUUCUCCCUCAUGCCCAGCCUCAACUUCCCCCUUGCUUUCACUCUCUUCCUUUCUUUCACCUCUAAACACAUUUGCAAUGGCCGGCUUUGCUGUACUGGACUAGGAAGUGCCUUCCCUGAUGUCUGCUGCAGCUUUGACCUGCUUCUACAGCUGAAGCUCCACCCUCCCCCCUGCCUCGCUCGCUUGCUGCCACAGCAACACGAGUACAAGGACAGCAGCCACACCCUCCUCGCAGCCUUCGCUCCGACCCCAUCCACUGUACCAUCAUCAUCCACUCCACGCAGCCUGACUCCAAACUCCGCUCUCCUCACUGUAAGACGGCCCUGCUGCCAGCAACUAUCCACCAGCUGACCAGCCUUACCACAGCAGCCCAACACACCACCAGGCCCACACAGCAUCACCUUGCCUUUCACCUUCGCCUUCAACCCUCUAAAGCCUCCACUUAGUCCUCAGUGUCCUUAACCUUCUUGUAGCAGGCUACACCUAGACUGUCACCUUUGUUGCCUGCUUCACUGCACCUAACCAGAGGGCUCUCAGUUCGGCUGUCACCUUCGCCUGGGAAUGUUAUAGAUGACGCAGUUCAGUAAGCAAUAACAAGUGAGAGAGAGAAGUCUAACCAAGAGAGGCAGCUUGACUGUUAAGCUAAGUAGUCUCCCCUGGAUAUAAUAACUCUAUCAGCCGCUGUCUGAUCAAGAAUAGGACCUGCUUACAUCCACAGCCAUCCUGCAACAUUUUACUUUGGAGAAGGAGCCCAGUCAAUCAGUAGGAACUUUUCUUUUUGAGUGUUUCAUUUCAUCUUCACAGACAAGUAUCCCAGACAGUGACAACACUGAUAAGUAAACAGAAAAAGAAAAAGAUUGUGGAUAACAACACUAUAGGUACUUAAUUUGAACAGAUUUCGAAGAGUUUUCGAACAGAUCUCCGCUCGGAAUACUUUUUUCUGCCGGCGUCUUGAGAUGGCAAUGAACAUAACACACAUCCGUGACACAAAGUGGCUGACACUGGAAGUAUGUCGGGAGUUCCAGAGGGGCACCUGCUCACGCUCCGACCAGGAGUGCAAGUUCGCUCACCCAGCCAAGAGCUGCCAGGUGGACAACGGACGGGUCAUCGCUUGCUUCGACUCGCUCAAGAUGAUCCCGAGCUGCUUCAGCAAUGUGAGAUCUGGGCUCCGGGGAGGCCAGGGCCGUUGUUCCAGGGAGAAUUGCAAGUACCUGCACCCUCCUCCCCAUCUAAAGACCCAACUGGAGAUCAAUGGCAGGAACAAUCUGAUCCAGCAGAAGAAUAUGGCCAUGCUCGCCCAACAGAUGCAGCUCGCCAAUGCCAUGAUGCCUGGCACGCAGCUACCACCUAUGGUGAGAGGACACACACGUAUGAACACACCACAGCUACUGCCCACGCCGAUGUUCUCGGUGACACCAGGCCUGGCCACCAAUGCAAGCGCAGCAGCAGCUGCAGCUGCAGCCUUUAAUCCCUACUUAAGCCCUGUGUCACCAAGCCUGAUGCCUCCAGAGAUCCUGCCCAGCACCCCUGUCCUCAUGGCCUCCAGCCCUGCAGUCAGCCAAGUCCCCAACGCUGCCGCUGCAGCCCAGAAACUGCUGAGAACAGACAGACUUGAGGUCUGUCGGGAGUAUCAAAGGGGCAACUGCUCUCGGGGGGAGAACGACUGUCGCUUCGCUCACCCCGCAGACAGCACUAUGAUCGACACCAACGACAACACCGUCACUGUAUGCAUGGACUACAUCAAGGGUCGGUGCUCCCGAGAAAAGUGCAAGUACUUCCACCCGCCGGCUCACCUGCAGGCCAAAAUAAAGGCUGCCCAGCACCAGGUGAACCAGGCCACAGCCGCCGCAGCCAUGACUCAGUCGGCUGUCAAAUCACUGAAGCGACCCCUCGACGCAACCUUUGACCUGGGCAUCGCCCCUAGUGUCAUGGCUCCCCUGCCAAAGCGGGCAGCCCUGGAGAAGGCCAACGGGGCCUCUGCCGUGUUUAACACCGGCAUGCUCCAGUACCAACAGGCCCUGGCCAGCAUGCAGUUUCAGCAGCAGGCUGCUUUCCUCCCAUCAGGCUCAAUAUUGUGCAUGACACCUGCAGCCAGCGUUGUUCCCAUGAUGCACGGUGGUACUCCAGCCACUGUGUCUGCAGCCACCACAUCUGCCACAAGCGUUCCCUUCGCAACUGCCUCCACCAAUCAGGACUCUUCCUUAUCAAAGUUGACUUCCAACGAAUACAUGCAAUUGAUUCCAAUAAUAUCUGCAGAUCAUCUGAGUAGUCACAAGUACUUGACUCAGAUGUAGUUCCUCUCAAGAACAAUCAAAUGAAUGUGUGCUGGCACCGUCCAAGCCAAAAAAAAAGAGUUCAGCCUUUAUGUACAUAACCUUCAGAAUGUCAAGCAGUGGGACAAGGAGGGUCUGCCACGUCUCAUCACACGUGAAAACAUCAAGGGUACAACACAUGAUCUGUGCCAUCUUCCCACAUAUCAAUGUCAAGAAGAAUUUGCUGUCAAAUUCAACAUCCAGCUGAGAGAAGAGCAUAUCUUGUUGCCAGGGUCGGCGUGUCUCUCUCCCCCCCUCGGCGGGGGAAACGUUCACAUGAUACCUCUGUGUCGGAUUGAAUCAUAGCACUCAGUUUCUUCUAGUUAUUAUUAUUAUUACCGCAUGCACAGAAGGUCAACAGCGUUGUUACAUGAGACGACAUCAAGUGCUGGUACAAUAGUAGACCAAGAUUUCCUUUCCUUUUUUAUUUGUUCUGCUUUAUUAUUAUUAUUAUUUUUCAUUUUUUUAAUUGAUAGCCAUAUUUCAGCGUUUACAAGAGUAAUGCAAACAUGCACCUUGAAUUUGAAUUGAAAUCUGAAAGGCACAAUGAUUUUAACAGGAUUUUAUUCGCCAAAUGAAUUAGGCAUGUACAGUAUUGUGUUUUUACAGCUACUAGUGAAACUAGAUGUUGACAUGAGGGUCUUGGACAUAUGAAUGUUCUGGGUAAACCAACAUACCUGUGUACCUUGAAAGCACAGCCAGGCUAGCUUUUCUCACCUCGUUAUGUGCUAUAAAGGCCAUACAGCUAAAACCAGAGUGUUAUCUCAGCAGUGUUAUUUGUUUACCGAAGGUAAAAGUUUUGUAUGGCUUUUUUUUUUCUUUUUUUGUAUUGUUUUGUUUUUAAAAAUCUCCAUUGUGAGUGUUUUUUAACCUUUUCUUUUCUCAAAUUAAUCAGUUUUAGAAGUGGGUUUCUUGCCAAAUCAAUUUGUUUGGUAUUUGAUGUUUUUUUUGUUCCUUUUUGUUUGUUUAGAAUCAGUAAUGGAGGGUUUUUCUAAAGUUUGUCAUAACUCUUUUUCAUAGACUAGUGUUGUUUUUCCUUCUUGGAAUUAAGUCGCUGGACAAGUCCAUUGACUCUAAAGCCUGGCAAAGUAGAGGGUGUAGCUUCAAUUGACAUUGCGUUACCGUGUUUCCCCCUCUUGUAAAGAGGAGCAGCUCUUAAACUGUGUCUCCCAAGAAGCACUGUUGAGCCAUGUGUGGAUGCGAACUUUAAACAACAAGCCCAAAGGUCUAGUAGGUCAUUUAAACCACAUGUGCACUUGAACGAUUAUUUGUCUAGUCGCCAUAUUUUAAUUUCACAUCCCAUCCCAAGUGAACUUGCAUUUUUGAUUUUCUGAGGAAGUACAACACGUUCAAACGUUUGCCUUGUAUCUCAUGCAAAAACACAAAGGUUUUCAUCCACGCAUAGAUCUGACUAUGGAAACCAAAGCACAGUUUGUUUUUUUUCUCUCAAACUUAUCCACAGUGGGUGAAUACAGAGACAUCUCUGCAGAGGCUGAAACAAUUAAGGAAAAAGGUUUAUCAUCUUUCAUUCAUGUGUCUUGAUUUAUGUUUUUCACAGCAGCGUGUCUUUACCGAUUGUAAUGUACCUAACAAAGCCUUAGAUUACAGUUAAUGGGUCCUCGCCCAAUCAAAUGUACUCUCAAUCACCGUGCAGGUAAAGAACACCAAUGAUGUUUUAUAGUUCUCUCACAUGCCGCUUAUGAUCUUUUUUUUCUCUCUCUCGCUCUGUAACAAUAACAAUUACUCUCUUAAAUUUCAUUGAACUUAUGUGUUAUGUACUACUUAAGAAUUUGAAUCUAUUUGAUGUAUGUAGUUUUAGAUUAUUUUUCUUUUUUUUUGUUGUUUUGUUUUUGCCUUACUAUAUAUUACUUGACAACAUUGAUAUAGCCGUUGUAGAUGUUGAGGUAGAAUGACAUUCAUAACUUUUUUCAAACCAUAUAAAUGAUAAUGUGUUAGUUUUAAAUAUUCACUUCAUUCAUAUAGCUGGAUGUCUUUUUCAGUUGUGUUACAUUGUCAGUUAAUUUUUUGUUGUUGUUGUUGAUGAGAAGACUUUUUGAUACGAGGAACGAGAUCAAUUGAUUUGCUGCACGGCAGCGGUCUCUGAGUUUAACAAGAAAAAAACAACAAAAAAAUCAAACACACACACACACACACACAAAAAC